AUGCCACAACCUGAGUUCAUCCAGGAACGACUCAAGAGUUUAGACUCGAUCGAUGAUCUUCUUCUGUCGACGCUAUUACACGCAUCGCAAGCAGUGGGGACAAUGGAAGAGCUGAAAAGAGGCAACGAUAACAUGAAACCGCAGUUUGAAAACCACACGCGCAGUUUUUACAGUAGUCUGGAGCAGGCUACCGUCGCACUGCGACAUGAAAUCAAGCAUCUCGACGACAGCGUGGGGACCCGACUGUUGCCCAUAAAUGUGAAUAAAAAGGCCACGGGUCAAGACAACGACAAGCUGCGGGACCAGUUUGAGGUGUUGGGGCGUGAACUUAACGAUGAUGGCGGGAGAUGA